AUGGCUCUCUCCCGGCCCUAUAUGCCUCUUCGGAGGUCACUUCAGCAGGUCUCAUGUCGAAGCAAUCGCCUCCCAAUUCGCAAAUUUCGAGGUCCCUUUCGCAGAUAUUCAUCCGAACAAAAACCCCGUGGUCCGCAACCUCUUCCCGUCUGGAGACCGUACCUGCGAUUGGCAGUUGGUGUACCGUUUAUCGGUGCCCUGAUAUACUCCAUGAUGACGGGCGAAGUAACCGAAUUGGACUCUCCGUCGAUAGUGGAAUUGGACGAGGCCCUAAAGAAGCAAUCCACGAUCACUGAAACAUCACCGAUGCGCCUGCGAAUGGAGAAAUUGAUCAAAGAGCACCAAGAGAAGAUUGUUCAGGAACUCAGUCAGAUUGACGGCAAGGAUUUUAGGGCUGAUACCUGGUCACGGCCCAAUGGUGGAGGUGGCAUCUCUUGCGUGCUUCAGGAUGGAAACGUCUUCGAAAAAGCCGGCGUCAAUGUGUCGAUUGUCUACGGUGAAUUGCCACGACCGGCUAUUGAAAAGAUGCGGGCCGACCACAAGUCAUUCGUUGGAGCAGACAUCGAUUCUCUAAGUUUCUUCGCUGCCGGUCUCUCCCUGGUUCUGCACCCUCACAACCCUAUGGCCCCAACGGUCCAUCUGAACUACCGAUACUUCGAGACGUCUGACCCCAAGGACCCUCUCAAUGGAGACAAGAACUGGUGGUUCGGAGGUGGCACAGACUUGACACCGUCCUACCUCUUCCCCGAAGACGUCAAACACUUCCACCAGACUAUCAAAGACGCCUGCGAUCGACAUGAUGCGACGUACUACCCCAGGUUCAAGGCCUGGUGCGACAAGUACUUCUACAUCCCCCACCGCAAGGAGUCCCGCGGUGUAGGCGGAAUCUUCUUCGACGAUCUCGACGCCAAUUUCCUCCAAACCUCAUCGACUUCUUCGCAGAACCCCCAGGAAACCCUCUUCUCCUUCGUCUCCGACUGUCUCUCCUCCUUCCUUCCCUCCUACCUCCCCAUCAUCGAGCAACGAAAGGACAUGCUCUACACGCCUGCCCAGAAAGAUUGGCAACAGCUCCGGCGAGGACGCUAUGUGGAGUUUAAUCUGGUCUACGACCGUGGUACAAGCUUCGGACUACGGACUCCCAAUGCCCGCAUUGAGAGUAUCCUGAUGAGUCUUCCUCGCACUGCGAGCUGGGCGUACAUGGAUCCGGUAUCCGGCACCAGAACGGAGACUAUGAAUACGAGUGAAGAAGAUGAGCUGCAAGCAGAAGACAAGACGAGUGAGAAAGAGGUGCUGGAGGUUCUGAAGAAUCCCAGGCAAUGGGCCUAA